CCACACACGUUUUAAAAAGUCCAUCAGCUGCAGCUAAUAAGUCUACCUUCAAUUCUGUUCUCCUCCACACCGUUCCUCUUCCUCGACGACGCGAGUGGCGGGUCGAGAGCAGCAGCGGAGGGUUUGGGUGCCGGUCGUCUCCGCCCUCCGGCCAGGCCGCUGGAGCUAGGACUGUGUUGGGUGUACGACUGUAUCUGUAUGUCCGCCCCUCCUCGCUUUGUUUCCUCCGCCACCGUAUUUCGUUCCGAGUACCGUGCCGGAGAUCUGCGCAGGCCUAGGCGAGCACUGCAGGAAAAGCAAUCACGACAGCGAGUAGGAGAUAAGAGGCGAGCAUGGCGGCGGAGGCUCUGGAGAGCGCUGUAGCCAGCUGCGCUCACCAAGCUGGGAGAUUGAGGAACCUGUGGCUGUGAGCACGGCGGCGGAGGCUUUCGACAGCACUGUAUACAACAAGCGCAGCGGCGAGCACGGACACCGAGCCACCACAACCUCCGGCGGCCGCUCGUCCUUGGCCGUGUUUGGUUCGGCCAUUCUUUCUUGUAUCUCCAGAGCGCACGUUUUCUAAAAGAAAAUUUAUAUGCAUAGAAUAUUAAAUAAAAUUUAUUUAUAAAAUGUUUUUAGAAAUGAGUGUAAUUUUUCAUGACGAAUUUAAUAACGGUAAUUAAUUGAUGAUUGGCUACAGUAAUACUACAGUACCAUCAUUUAAUCGCGCGGUCCAAGGUCUCAUUAUAUUCUUCAGGGUUCCUAGCAUGACAGUUCUAAAGUUAAUUUUAUAAACUAAUUUUAUUUGAUACCGUAAUUAAUGGUCAAACCUCGUUCUAAAAUCUCUGUAAUACAAACCAAACAAGUCCUUGUCUCCACCGGCGCGCAAAACAGCAGCGAGUGGCGCCCACGACGCUCGGGCAUCUGACAGGUGGGGUCCAUUCAUUUUUUAGUCUCCAGGUAUCGUCUCUUGGCGGGGCCGCAUUCAGAAAGACGAGAUAGAUCGUGGGGCGGGCGCAACUUCCGUGUCUGUGCCUCUGUGGGCCCCCGUCCAGCUCCGCUUCGCCCGCCUCAAACGAAGAGUCGCCGCCCCGCUCCGGCGACCUGUACAGCGGCGAACCUCCCAGCGAUCCGGGGUGACCGGCUAGCCGCAGCAGGGGGGGACCUUCUCAUUGCCGCGGUUAUCCCGCCAUGGAUGGGACAAAUGAUGGAAGCCCUUCAUCUAAACUUCAUACAAGACUGAGGCUUUGGGAGUUUCCUGACUGUUAUAUAUUUGAACCAAUUGAUGGCCUUGCUGACUUGUUCUUGUCAGUUAGCCGAGCCAAUGCAACAAUGAAUCUGGUUGAAGCACUGCCGCCACGUGGAUCAUCGACACCUAAAGUUCAAACAGUUUAUGGUGUGAUAGGAGUGCUCAAGCUUGCAGUUGGAUCAUAUUUUCUGGUGAUCACAGACCGUGAUUGCGUGGGGUCCUACUUGGGGCACGCCAUUUUUAAAGUGACAGGACUAAAAGUUCUUCCCUGCAACAAUGCACUUAACACAACUUCUGCCGAGCAGAAAAAAAUGGAAAGUGAAUUCUCGGAACUCCUGGAUGCUGCAGAGAGGACUAUCGGCCUUCACUUCUCCUAUGAUAUCAACCUUACUCUCUCUGCACAAAGGCUACAUGAACAUGGUGAUGAAUAUAAAUCACUUCCCCUGUGGAGACAGGCAGAACCAAGAUUUCUAUGGAACAGUUACUUGUUGGAACCUCUAAUUGAGAACAAGCUGAACCAGUACUUAUUGCCAGUAAUUCAAGGCAGUUUUCAAAACAUACAUGCAGAAGUGGGGUCAGAAAAGGUAAAUGUGACCCUUAUUGCACGUAGGUGUACGCGGAGGAUAGGUACUCGGAUGUGGAGACGAGGAGCUGAUGCAGAGGGUUAUGCUGCAAACUUUGUUGAAACAGAGCAGAUAAUGCAGUCAAAAGGAUUUACAGCAUCGUAUGUACAAGUUCGAGGUUCUAUGCCAUUCUUGUGGGAGCAGAUUGUUGAUUUGACAUAUAAACCUAGCUUUGACAUUGUUAGACAGGAGGAGGCGCCUCGUGUGCUUGAGCGGCACUUUCAUGAUUUGCGAAAGAAAUAUGGAGCUGUCUUGGCUGUAGAUCUUGUCAAUACGGGUGGCGGUGAAGGUCGCCUCCGUGAAAGAUAUGCAAAAUCUAUUGAACCUAUUCUCAGUGAAGAUGUAAGAUAUGUGCACUUUGACUUCCACAGAGUUUGUGGUCAUAUUCACUUUGAACGCCUUUCUCAGCUGUAUGAGCAGAUCAAAGACUAUCUUAAGAAACAUAGGUACUUCCUUAUAAAUGAUAAAGGUGAGAAAAUUGAGGAGCAGACUGGCACUGUCAGAACAAAUUGUAUAGACUGUUUGGAUCGCACCAAUGUGACUCAGAGCAUGAUUGGGAGAAAAAUUCUGGAGAGCCAACUCCAACAGAUAGAAGUUCUUGGUGUUAAUGAUACAAUAAGCAAUCAUCCAGCCUUUGAUACAAAUUACAAAGUUUUGUGGGCAAACCAUGGAGAUGCAAUAAGCAUUCAGUACUCUGGAACUCCUGCUCUGAAGGGAGAUUUUGUUCGGUAUGGGAAGCGAACUACUCAGGGAAUUGUGAAUGAUUUGCGGAAUGCGCUUGCAAGAUACUACUUGAAUAACUUUGUUGAUGGGACUAAGCAGGAUGCCAUGGACCUUCUUCAAGGACAUUACAUGACAUCUGUUAGUCGAGACAUGGCGGUGCCAAGAAAAGGAGGACUUCUAGAGAAUUAUGCGUCCUUCCGCCUUGCUUUUGCAUUGGUUAUGGGAGCUCUGAUGUUCAUGAUGAUGUCACUAAGACAUGCCCGGAAUGACGUUCGCCAUUUGUUGCUGUCACUUCUGUGGGCUGGUCUUUGUAUUGGCAUCACACAUUUUGUCAGAGCCAAUGGUCAAACAUUCACUAAUCGACCUCGGUUUCACCAGUCACGCCAUUGAUAGGUGCAAAGCAAUCAUUUGGCUCAUCAAUUUCAGGCGUGGAAAUGCAUUACCUGUUUGUCCAUUCAACGCCUGCAAACUGUCGUAAAUUUCGUUGGCUUUCUUGAAGUCCUGCUGAAGCAUUUGCCAGAGUGGUUGCUGUCUAAAAGAAAUGCAUUUUAUCUGCCAAACUAGUGUCUGAUCGAGUAUGCCAACUGCAUCUGUAUUGCAUUUGUACUGUGCCUUGUCAGCUCUUUCUGCCCCAGCAACUUGUCCGGCCUGCACUUGUAAAAGCUCGUGUGCCUUUGUUGGCAAGUCCCCUUCUUCCCCUCUACCUGAUUUUACUUGACCAUGACACAAGGCCUGUAUUCUCCUGCUUCGCUCCUGGUUGGUGUUUGAAGUAGAAGCCAAGACAGCCCGGGAACCAUGUCUACUUUAACGUCAUUUGCAUUGGGUUCCCAUCAGUGAUCGCGGCCUCACCUGCAGUGGCAGCACGUUCACCCCAUAGUCACAUGAUUCGGGGUUGAUGCCUCGUCCCACGACUCGGGAACGCCGUUCUGAUUCGAAGAAGGUCAGUGUCCUAUUUAAGGUUGGAUCGCGUCCCAAUUUAAGAGGGGUCGCAGUCCCAUUGCUAGCAGAUUUAAUUGGGAUAAGAAGGUUAUCGAUAGCGGAUUGGGGUGGUUUUUGUUAGAUAAUGAGCUGAAUACAUGUAGUAUGGUCUAAAUGUACUCUUUUCUACAUUUCUUAUAUGCUUGUGCAGAUUAGUUUUUUCA